GGUGCUCUGUGGAGGUGUGUGAACCCAGCACCUGUUGGUUCUCAUGCUAAACAGAAUCAUACUGUUUCCUUGAGAGACUGUCUAUAGAGUUACCCAACAAAGGAAGAGGAAGGGUGGAUAUAGAAUACAUGACCAAAGAAUAGCGUCCUGGCCCGCGCGACUGAGGAGUCAAAGCGAGACAGACGGACGCACGGACAGACGACGGACGGAGGACUCGCUGGCCGCUGGACCCCGCCGCCUCCCCCUUCUUCCUGCCGCCUGCGUCUGGAGGAUGAGCCCAGCCUUCAGGGCCAUGGACGUGGAGCCCCGCACCAAGGGCGUCCUGCUGGAGCCCUUUGUCCACCAGGUCGGGGGGCACUCAUGCGUGCUCCGCUUCAAUGAGACGACCCUAUGCAAGCCCCUGGUUCCGAGGGAGCACCAGUUCUACGAGACCCUCCCAGCUGAGAUGCGCAAAUUCACUCCCCAGUACAAAGGUGUGGUAUCAGUUCGCUUUGAAGAAGAUGAAGACAGGAACUUGUGUUUAAUAGCAUAUCCAUUAAAAGGGGACCACGGAAUUGUGGACAGUGUAGACAAUUCAGACUGUGAACCAAAAAGUAAGCUUCUGAGGUGGACAAACAAAAAACAUCACGUCCUAGAGACAGAAAAGAGCCCCAAGGACUGGGUGAGACAGCACCGGAAAGAGGAGAAGAUGAAAAGCCAUAAGUUAGAAGAAGAAUUUGAGUGGCUAAAGAAAUCUGAAGUCUUGUACUACAGCGUAGAGAAAAAGGGGAAUGUCAGUUCCCAGCUUAAACACUAUAACCCCUGGAGCAUGAAGUGUCACCAGCAACAGUUACAGAGAAUGAAGGAGAAUGCAAAACAUCGGAACCAAUACAAAUUCAUCUUACUGGAAAAUCUGACUUCCCGCUAUGAGGUGCCUUGUGUCCUGGACCUCAAGAUGGGUACCCGCCAGCAUGGUGAUGAUGCUUCAGAGGAGAAGGCAGCCAACCAGAUCCGCAAGUGCCAGCAGAGCACAUCUGCUGUCAUCGGUGUCCGUGUGUGUGGCAUGCAGGUGUACCAGGCAGGGAGUGGGCAGCUUAUGUUCAUGAACAAGUACCACGGACGAAAGCUGUCAGUGCAGGGCUUCAAGGAGGCACUUUUCCAAUUUUUCCACAAUGGUCGGUAUCUGCGCCGUGAACUCCUGGGCCCUGUGCUUAAGAAGCUGGCUGAGCUCAAAGCCAUUUUGGAGCGACAGGAGUCCUACCGCUUCUACUCAAGCUCCCUAUUGGUCAUCUAUGAUGGCAAAGAAUGGCCUGAGGUGGCCCUGGACUCAGAUGCUGAGGACUUGGAGGACCUGUCUGAAGAGUCAGCUGACGAGUCUGCAGGUGCCUAUGCCUACAAGCCCAUCGGCACCAGCUCAGUGGACGUGCGCAUGAUCGACUUUGCACACACCACCUGCAGGCUGUAUGGCGAGGACAGCGUGGUACAUGAGGGCCAGGAUGCUGGCUAUAUCUUCGGGCUCCAGAGCCUCAUAGACAUUGUCACAGAGAUAAGCGAGGAAAGUGGGGAGUGAGUUUGCUGGCUGCACCAGCACCUGAGAGACUCUCUGUGUCCCAGGCACAGCUGUGCUGCGUCGGGGAGGAGGCCAGUAUGGCCAGGCGUUGGCCCCUGCAGCCUGGAGCUGAUGUGCAGAGGCCUCUGUGAGUCCCAGCCUGAGCCAGCCCCAAUCGCGUUCGGAGUCUUUUAUUUAUUUUAACUAUUUCUUCAACAUUCCACAUUUGAUGAUGCAGAUACCUCUUUCUUCCCUGAGUGUAAAUGUUCUAAUACAAAUCUUUUUGUUAAUUGUA